CAACAAAGAGCCUGGCUCUAGUCAACUUAUUACAACAUGGCGGAGGCAGUGGACUGUGGUUGUUUAUCUAAAACACAUGGAACAGUGUUGAUGAAAUAGCCACCAGAACCAUCUGUUAGCAAAACUCCACAGUUCGGGCUCUCUGAGAUGCGCUUUUCGUCCUUGAUGUAUCACAGGCCAACGUUGAAGCUUGCAUUUGCUUGUAUUCUGAGCUCGGUUUUCACCUUGUACAUAUCGUGGCAGCUCUUCGGAGCCGCAAAUCCACGAACAACAACUCGACUAAAAGCCAUCACAGAACACGCCCGAGAACAAGAGUCUGCGACUCUGCCAGACCCACAACUCUACUGCUCUGAGCUUAUUUCUAGAGCCCUAAGGGAGCGUGAAGAUCAGGCGUACCAAGAAGAAAAGGAAAGGGAAGAACAUUUCGAGCUCAAGUGUCCGAAGGAGACGCAUUAUGAGAUUCUUGAGGUAAAUGUCAACGGCGGAGAAAAGAAAUUACAAGGCAGGCUGGACUCAUCUUCAGGCGAGCCAUACGUGCCGUUUUCAUUCGUGAAAGAAUACUUUGAAAUAUAUGGCGAAGUGCAGAAGCAGAAAGAGAAAAAAGUCUUAGAGUGGAGACAUUCGUACAGCGAAAUUCACGAAUCGAAAUUCGAAUACGACCCGAAGGGAACAUUCCUAUGGUUUCAAGGUUAUCAUGUAGAAGGAAGACUUCGCGUGAAAUGCAUAUGCGGCAAGGAAGAGGUCCCUGUAUCUUCGCAGUGGAACCCAAAUGGCCAUUAUUACCCGAUACAAAUUGCACAGUACGGACUAUCGCACUACAGCAGCUACAUCGCUGAGCGGGAUGACACCGGCAAAGUCAAGCUCUUUGAAGACGCCGAAAGCGUGUUUGACUCAAACUGGGUCGUAUCGGAACCCAAUAAAGUCGAAAAUAUUGUCGACGAGGAAAGGGGUUCUCGGGUUAUUAAAUUCUGGACUCAAGGUUUCGUAGGUGAGGGAGUAUCCCUUCACUUGGACAGCUCGACCAAAGAAUAUGUUCUCUCUUUCCACCUUAAGCAAACUGGGGAUGUCAUUAUUACCGUCUCUAUAGAAACCAAGCAUAACACGCAGCACCUGAUUCAUUAUACCUCAGAUGAGGAGAUGAUCUCUGUAAAGCAAAAUGAGAUCUUCAUGGGUAUAGGCACAUGGAAAGGCUGGCGGAAAAUCACACGGAAUCUGGACACGGAUCUCCGGAAAGGACUUAGGUUAUCUGAAAAAUCUCCUAACAAGAAACCUAAAAAUACACCUAAGUUUUCCGUGACUGAGAUCCAGACUAUAACUCUCAAAGGAAGCGGGUGUAUCGAUAACAUAACUCUUAGCCGAUCUGCAAGGUUGGACUUCUUCAUGGCUGCAGCCAACUGGUUUGUCCGUAAUCAGGACAAAAACGGUGGUUGGCCAAUCACAGUGAAGCGCAAGAUUAUGGAAGGGGUGGAGAUGGCACCAGGCUGGUACUCAGCGAUGGCUCAGGGACAGGCAAUGUCACUCCUUACUCGGGCCUAUUACCACACGAACAAUAGUGUCUAUUUAGAAGCCGCACUUAAGGCGACUUCCCUAUUUGGGGUGCCCGCUAAUAAGGGCGGAGUGCGAGCUAUGUUCAUGGACAAGUACCCCUGGUAUGAAGAGUACCCAACAACACCUUCCUUGUAUGUCCUCAACGGGUUCAUUUAUUCACUUGUGGGACUCCACGAUCUGACAUUGGCCGCGCCCAAAAAGACAGAAGCGAAAGCGUUUUUCGACGACGGAAUGAAGUCGCUAAAAGCGCUCUUACUGAUGUUCGAUGCAGGCUCAGGGACGUUUUACGAUCUGAGACACGUGUCUAUGCGUGCGCCCCCUAAUCUCGCUCGUUGGGACUACCACACGCUGCACGUUAGCUUGCUACAUUUUAUAUCGGGCAUUGAUAGCGACCGUGUACUGAAAGAUACGGCUGUUAGAUGGACAGGUUACACUAAAGGCAAACGUGCAAAGCAUAAUUGAUGAGAGGGUACACUAGUUUAGAAAACGGGCUAUGUGAAAGGUACUCGACAAAAGCAAACGAACUUAGUAUUAUUAAUUAAAAUGAAUAGUCGGGUGGGGGGUUUGUAGGUGAAGCCUAGCUACGUUCAUGAUGGCUGUAUAGUAGAGGGAAAAAAGCAAAGUACGAUUGAUAUAUCAGAGAUAAGACUGAUGCAACUAGAUCGAGUGGUUUCAGCAAAGGUUAAAAACUGGACUAUGAUCCAAGUCAAGCCAAAAUUGCACGAAGCCGGUAACCUUAAACUCUUGGUAUACAGUUGGUUAAGGUGUUAGUGAGGGAAAGUUGAGAGUAAACUAGAUCAAUGUCGUGUAAAUACUUCUAGUGUACAUUAGGCAUUUAAUAAAUUCUUAUUUCAUUCGA